AUAAUAUCACUCUGUGUCGAAUAUCCAAUUUAACCAUGGGUACGGGCCUGCACGCGCCAUCCAAGUCCAACCGCGCGGUGGUGGAGUCUUUGUAUGUCUCGCUCGCUCGUGGCGACGCAGCGGCAGUCACAUCCCUGCUGGCGGCGGACCUGGACUGGUGGUUUCACGGCCCGCGUCGGUGCCAGCACAUGCGCCGCCUACUGACCGGCGAGGCCAAGGGGGGCGUGGCCUUCCGGUUCGCGCCGGCACGAGUUGCAGAGGUUAGCAACGCCACCGAAGGCGGCGACCAGUGGGUGGUGGCGGAAGGGUGGGCCGGCCAGCACGACUAUUGGGUGCAUGCAUGGUGCCUCCGCUCUCGCAUCAUCACCAGCUUUCGCGAGUACUUCAACACGUCUGUCACCGUCCGAAAGCUGGGCCGGCCAGCUAAGGAGGACGUGGUGUGGGCCAUCUGGGAGAGCCAAUUGCCUAGGCCCAGGUGCCGCUCCAUGCCAGGCCUAGUGCUUGCCAUAUGACUCUGCGAAGUUUGUAUAUGAUGUACAUAUUUCGUAAAAGAAAAUAUGUUAUUGUUUAUUACUC